CGGUGCGAAGGAGGGACCAGGCAAAGAAACAGCCUAUCAAGUGUUAACUGGAGCUGCUGCUGCUGUGACUACUGUAAUAGACUUGACAGCUCCUGAUGUGGUCUGUUCAUGUAGCAGUCCGAAGUUUGUUCCCCACAAUUAAAUUAGAGCAAUUAAAGAAAGCGGUGAAAAGAUCGAAUCAGCGAGGACGUUUGCCUCGGAGUGGCAAAUCUCUUGAUGCCUCCAAAUAAAUCGCAUGCGAGCGUGAGGAUUCAUACGUGCUCUUAUUUUAAUCAUGACGUUAAGUUUUUCGUCUUUCUCCAUCCAAGACAUCCUCACCGGACGGGAUGCCCGGGGAAAGCCCGGUACCAGGAGCACCGAGCAGCUCUGCGCGCCAAAGCGCAACAUCUGCACCACAUCUGAAGGCACCACAGUCCCCGAUCUGACUCACCGAGACGCGGAGGAGAACUGCAUCCUGCCGUCGUUUGGAAACCUCCGAUCUGAUACCUACAGUGAGGAGGCCACAGGAGAGGAAACUGAGCACAGCGAAGACGCUGUAGACCAGCAACCACGAUGUGUGGAGCUGGAUAAACGGCAGAAAACGGAGGCGGAGGCAGAAGAGGAGGGAUGUCAUCACAGUGGGGAGAAGGACAGCUGCACAUCCUAUGAGCAGCAGUUCAGGCCCGGUAUCAAGAAGCGCUCCAGGGCGGCCUUCUCUCACUCGCAGGUCUACGAGCUGGAGCGCCGCUUCAGCGCGCAGCGGUAUCUUUCAGGUCCCGAGCGGGCAGAUCUGGCCGUAGCUCUGAAACUCACAGAGACCCAAGUUAAAAUCUGGUUCCAGAACCGGAGAUAUAAAACCAAACGGCGCCAGAUGGCGGCCGAGCUGGCGGCGUGCAGCUCGCCGAAGAAAGUGGCAGUCAGAGUGCUGGUGAGGGACAAUCAGGAGCAGUACCAUCAUGCGAAUGGAGUACACAUCCCAAUGACUGUGCCACUGUACCAGGCCUACCAGUGCUACCCCUACCUCCACUACUACUGCCAGCCCUGGAGCAUGAGCAGCAUGUCGCGUAGGGGGCUGCUCUGAAGCUCUGUCUGAAUAUUGGAGAAUUAGUGACUUCAAAGAGUGUUACUUCAAAUACAAGGUAUCUGACUGUUAACAGAUUUCUGUUCAGUCAGAGGAUGAUGCACCACAAGGGACACAUUUUUUGUACGCUUUCAGACUGAUUGAGAUUGUUCAGUUUGCUCUUUGCUUUUCAGAAAAUAUAAAUGAUUUUCAAUUAUGGUUUUUGUCUGAUUUAUAACUAGAAGCCAGUCCAGAAAGAAAACAGCAUCAGAGCUUGGCCUGCUAUAGUUCAGAAAAUGCACCACGAGAAGUUAAAUCUAGAGACAAAUCUAUUCUUAAAGACGACAUAAUCAAGUAAUAUUAGGCAAAAUAUAUUUAGCUUAACGUUUUAAAGGUAACCCUUCCGUGAACAUAAGCGUGGGCAAAUUGUGAAGCUCUCAGUUGAUUAGAUUAUUUCUGUGUGAAGAAAUAUUUAGCAUUUAAGUCCGAGAUUUGAGCGUGGUCAUUAUUGUGUAAGGAUAUACAAGGGAAAAAAAGUAAUAAUAAUUCAAAACUCUCAAACCCUUUUGAGAUUUGGGUAGUCUUCUCAUAAUCUUACCUUCUAUCUAUUUCAUGCAAUAUUUCAUCAAUGUGAUAGUGUA